CAGAGACAAAGUUCAGAAAACUGAAUAUCUCAACAUGUUUGAGCGGGAGCAGACUUGAACGUUGUCCUUCCUUAUCUGCACAUUGAUAAUCCUGGCUUCAAAUGAAAGAAGGCUCAUUUGAGUGCUCCAACAAUGAAGCCAGGCACAAGCAGCUUGCGGGUGAGGCUGCCCGUGUUAGUGUUUGCACUGGAGGUGAUGAUCGUGGGUCUGUUUGCUACUUUUGUCACAUACGAUGACAACGCUGAUGCCAAAUUCCAGAACAACGGGACUAACCCCAUGGACAAUGCAGUAUAUAAGGAUUAUCCUUUUUUUGCAGACAUACAGGUGAUGAUAUUCAUCGGCUUUGGCUGCCUGCUGGCAUUUUUCCGCCUCUAUGGUUUCGGGGGGAUGGUCUUUAACUUUCUCGUGGCCACCUUUUCCAUCCAAUGGGCCAUUCUAGUUCAGGGAUACUUCCAGUUCAGCAAUGAUGGUAAGAUCCAGCUCGGCGUGAUAAACCUCAUCAAUGCAGAGUUUGCCUGCGCCGUGGUGCUCAUCUCCUUCGGGGCAGUGUUGGGGAAGACGAGCCCACUGCAGCUGCUGGUCAUGGCUCUCCUGGAAGUGCCAAUAUUUGCUGUCACGGAAUGGGCAGUGCUCAAGUACCUGAAGAUAAAUGAUGCUGGAGGCUCCAUACUGAUUCACCUUUUCGCCUGUUACUUCGGCUUGGGAGUCACCUUUGUGUUAUACAGACCUGGCCUUAACAAAGGUCACGCAAAGGAGAACACCAGCUAUCAAUCGGAUAUUUUGUCUUUGAUGGGCACCUUGUUUCUCUGGGUUUUCUGGCCCUCCUUCAACUCGUCAUUAACCCUAAAAGGCGAUGAUCAGCACAGGGCCAUCCUCCACACCUUUAUUGGCCUCUGUGCAUCCACAAUCACUGCUUUUGCUCUCUCUGCACUACUUAACAAAAAUGGAAAACUCAGUAUGGCUGACAUACAGAAUGUGACCCUGGCCGGAGGCGUGACAGUUGGAGCAUCCGUAGAUAUGAUGAUUUCACCGGCUGCGGCGUAUGCCCUGGGCAUGGUGGGUUGUGCCGCAUGUAUGCUAGGGUACAAGUACUUGAGCCCUGUCUUGGCACACCGCUUCAGAAUACAGGAUCAAUGUGGAAUACAUAACCUACACGGUCUAACAGGACUCAUAUCUUGUACUGCUGGAAUUUGUGCAAUAAUGAUGGCUAAUGAGGAAGUCUACGGCCCUAGUUUGUAUGAGACUUUUAGUCACAGAGCUCCAAAAGAAGGGGAUCCUAAGUUACUUGAACUCCAGGCUUUAAUUCCUGGUCUGCCGCCAGGUUUGGGGAGGACUGCCCGAGAACAGGCUCUUUUCCAGGUAGCAGCCAUGUUCUCUACAAUAGCAGUGGCAGCAGUUGGAGGCUUGCUCACAGGCGUGGUCUUAAAAAUGCCUUACCUUGCCUCACCUUCAGAUGAUUUAUGUUUUGAUGACCAAUUAUACUUUGACAUGCCACUCGACAGUUACUUACCACUUAAUCUCAAUAGAUGGUCCAAUGAAGAGGAAACUACAACAAAAUGUCUAUAGCUCCUAUGGUAGUACAGUAAUAAAAAUAUUUUCAAACCAUUACAAAAUAAAGUUUGGGUAAAAUAGAAAUGUAUCUUUUGUUAUUGUCCUUGCUUAAUUAUGUAGUACCGUACUGGCCCUUAUAUAAGACGGUGUUUUUUGUAUUGAAAUAACACUGAAAAGGAGGGGGUCAUCUUAUAUUCGCGGUGUACACGUUACACCAAUUCACGACGCUAGGUGGCGCCAGAUAUCAUUGAAGCGAUGUUCUGUUAUGAAAGAUUUCAGCUACUCUCCCCAUUCACGACGCUAGAUGGCGCCAGAUAUUAUUGAAGCAAUUUUCUCAGCUACUUUUUUUAGUUUAACCAGUUUGCAUUAUUUCAUUGCAAUUUUUUUCCUUAUUCAGAUUUGUUUCAAGACUACAGUUACAGUUAGACUUCACUUUGAUGGUUAAUGCAGAGUUUGCAAUUUUUGUUGUUUUAUCACAAUAGAUUGGUUUAUUUACAUUUCAAAAACCAGAAGCCAUUCAUUUACGAAUGUGAUUGCACUUUAGUUUACAUAUUUCAAUGUUCAGAUAUUAAGAUUUGAAUGAGGCAAAAUAACAUGCUUUUCUCUCAAAUAUAUUGUUAUAAUCAUUUGUUUCGGAUGUACUGUAAUUAUUUUCUGUAUAAAAAUUAAUUUGGUGUUCAAAAAGUAUUUUUUCAAACUUGAGUCUUGAAAAAGAGGGGGUCGUCUUAUAAUCAGGGCCGUCUUAUAUUCAGGCCAAUACGGUAUUUAUUGUCUGAGUAAAUCUUAAUGUUUUAAAUGCUAAAUGGAUUUAUGCUUCUAUUGAGAUUUUCUUGAAGAGGACUCAAAAUACUUGUAACACUCUCAUUCAUCUACUGGUCAUCCAUGUGGCAUCAGGAGCAUCAGGGGUUUCAACAUCUUGCUCAAAGAUACAUACAUAGGCAUGCGCAUGGUCCAUCGGUUGAACCCACAACCUCCAGCUGGGAGAUUACCCCUCUACCAUAUCUCACAAAAAAAGAAAAAGAAAUUUUUGAGAGGAACAUUAAUACUGCAUUUGUCGUGUAGUAUAAAAUUAUUCAAGCAUGUGUGCAGCUAU